GUUCUCUAAUCAUUAAUUCCAACGUAGUUGUAAGUGUCGUUCGUAAUUCAAAAUGGAUCGUGCCGUUAUUGCAAGUAUUCUAAUAAUGCUGGUGAGCUGUUCAGCAAAACAAGUUUUUUUUGAACUAUCAAACGAUCCAAACUAUCCACAACUCAUAAGUGUAUCAAAUGUUAACUAUAAAUUAAUGAUGAACAAAUUCAUUGACGUAAAUGCCACUGUGAUUAUUUACGAAGAAAUUAACGAUGGAACUAAUGUAAAAGUCAGUGUUUCGCCCGAGUUUCCAUAUGCAAGACUGUUGAAUAAUGUUGAUGUUAACUUAUGCACAUUUGUUCGAAAGGAAUGGCCCAUGUAUGGACGAUUAAUUGAAGCAAGCAAUGGACAGUUUCCAGAACGAUGCCCGAUACGUCCUGGCAUUUAUACAAUUCAAAAUAUGAGAGUGGAUCUAGAUAGAUAUCCCCUUCUUUGGCGUGGAUUCAAUUCAGUCGCUUCAAUAACGCUUCAUAAAAAUGGACGUAUAUUAACGAAAGUCAACUUCAAAGUUGGCUUGAAAUUGUAAAACUAUUGUAAAAAAAACUAAAAUUGUGAACCAUUGUUUGAAAUUGAUUGCUUUAGAAUAAAAACAGCGUAUGAAAAGGUUGCAUUUCAAAGCGAAACACCGUCAUACAAAAUACAGCAAAAAAUGUAUGUAAAAACAACCUUUGGUUGUGCGACCAUAUCAUACGCUGUAUUUAUUCUAGAGAAUUCAAUUGUAGCUAUUGCAAAAACCACAUUUUCUUUCAGUCAAUCAAUAAGACCACAACAGUUUUAUACGUAUACAAUUUUUCCAAUUGGUCUCAGCCUCAAAAUUAUCUGUCAACAUUUUUUUUUUUUUUGAAAUAAACAUUUGAAAUC